GUGUACAUUAAAUUCGAAUUAGAGUUUUGCAUAAGUGGGAAUCUCUUUGAGUAUCCAUAAGCUGUGUGGAGACUUCGUUACUAGCCCGACAGAAAUCUUUGAGCAUGACUAAGCAACUGAAAGAGAUUCUUCAAGCUAAUGCAGACCAUAUAGAUACUUUACGAGAUAUUUCAGUUCCCAGGCCCACUGGCAGUCUCAUCCGACUCAUCCACAUUGAGCACAACUACAAUUGCAUUCCUGCUGAUCACCCACCAGGAAUCAAGUCCAAACGAACUCUGCGCCAGUUGGUUUGCUCCUUGCAUGCAGAGCAAACUCUUGGCCCACUUGACUGUGCGGACUUAAAGGAGCACACUCUUAGGGCAGAUGUGAUCCUGCGACGAUUGCGUCGGUUCCUCGCCAGCAAGCGCAGAUUCAUCGACUUUAGUCCCAUGUCUGUGCUACAAGAGGCCAUUGUGCAACAUUUGGCCGCAGAGAUGGGCUGCACGACCAGAUUUUAUGACGGUCAAGAUGGCAGGCGGUACUUGGUUGCCUAUAGACCGGGAAUCGGUCCCAAUUCCUUUGAAUUGCGAGCUCGCGAGGGACAUGUAAGCCACCAGAAGAAGCAGAUGGAUUUGCGCCAAAUGGCAGAGCAUUCCUGUCGUCUGGGCAGGAAAAUUCUUGAGAAGUUCAGUGCCAACAACGGAACUGGGCAGAGCGAGGAAGAAAUCGGAGCAAGGAACAUGGAGUGA